AUGGAUAGGGAGAGUUCACCAUCACCUCUAAAUCAAGCUUGUGCUUCUUGCAAGCACCAGAGAAAGAAAUGUGACUCCAACUGUGAAUUGGCUCCAUACUUUCCGGCGAACAAGUACCAUGAGUUUCAGAACGCUCACAAACUUUUUGGCGUGAGCAACAUACUGAAGAUCAUAGCCUCGAUUGAACCACAUAAAAGAAAAGCUGCUGCUGAAUCCAUACUCUUUGAAGGGAACGCGUGGAAGAGUGAUCCUGUGCAUGGUUGCCUCGGUGUGAUCAAAGAUCUGACAGCCCAGAUGUCCUUUCAUGAAAAACAACUCAGUGUUGUGAAUCAACACCUAGCAUUUCAUAAGGAGCAGCAAAAGAAAAAGCAAGAACAAGAUCAAUCUGAUUUUCUCAAUGAUGAGCUUCCUGAUCUACCCGAUGAACUAAUGGAAGACAUGAAAAUUUUUGAACAUGGACACAAUUACUGGUCAAAUUUGGUCGGAGCAGAUGGGGAGAAGCCCUUUGACAUGGAGCACACAGAAGCAUUUGAUAAGGAAGUAAAUCCCCUUACAUAUUUCAAUGGACAAGCUGGAGAAUGCAGUACUGCUGCCCCAAAGGCCGAACAAUGCUUGGAGUUUGUGAAGAAAGAAAAAACUGAAGAUGAGGCCAUACCGUCCACAACACACAAGAGAGACGCACAUCAAGAAUGA